AGUAUGGCCGGUUUGAGUUCUGGCGCGGUUCAGCUACAACCAGGACAACCAGACGGACACGGAAUCGACUCAAACCUCCUCCAGAAGUUAGAAGAAGCGUCUAACGCCAUUUUGGCCUCCCCCUCAGCUGAACAGAGACAUGCAGCCGAACAGUUUCUCCUGGACUUUCGCAAGACCAAGUCUCCGUAUUCCAUCUGCUGUUCUUUAAUGGAACAAACCAGAAAUGACUAUGUGAUAUUCCAGUGUGCGUGCACGUUAAAAGAAGCCGUAUUGCGGGAAUGGGCACAACAGUCGCUGCCUAACGUACACUCUCUCAGAGACUUUCUCAUGCAGUUUGUUCUCAACCGGCCAAGCCUGCCAGUGUAUGUACGUGAAGAAAUCCUCCUGACAGUAGCAGUUAUUGUGAAGCGUGGAACGUUGGACACCUCUGCAGACAACAGGAUCCAUUUUAUCAGCCAGCUCACCAAACUCAUCCACACAGACAAUGUCGCUGUGCGAGUUAUUGGCCUGUCUACCCUCUCUGCUUUACUGACUGAGUAUGGAGGAAACGGGAAAGGGACAGAUUUUGGCCUUUCCUGGGAAUUUCACUUGCGCUGUAAAAAGAUUUUUGAGGACAAAGAGCUGCUGACAGUGUUGAUGGUUCUACUGGAGGCCCUGCAGCAACUGGCUGCCCUGAACACUGUCCCUGCUGACUGGGAGACUCUGGCUCUCAUCGGCAAACUUCUGGCACUGGCUGAGCAAAUCUUCACAUGGCGCUUCUCUUUACCACUACUGCAGAAGCGGUUCCUGAGUGAGGUGUCUGAGGCCAGAUGGAACAGUCCGUUCCGCCCGCCCAGCCAAUGGAGAGAGCUGGUCAUUGGGCGGGGCCUGGUCAUACACCUCUUCAAGCUGUACAGACAUGUGCAGAACCAUGCAGAGCUGGCCCAUGUGUGUCUGCAGUGUCUGCUGCAGCUGGUGUCCACCACUGGUGACAUCUUCCCUGACCACAAGACUCACACAGACUUCCUCAUUCCCUUCAUGGCUGGCUUUCUACAUCUUACUCAGAGGAACUCCCUAGCAGAGUAUGAGGUCCUGGGUGUGGCUACCCUGGCCUGUCGCCUCCUGACUGUGUUACCCAGAAAGUGUCUAGGACAGGUUCCCUCUGACCAGCUACAGGCCUUCCUCACCAGGGCCUGCCAACUCACCUGCUCUUACUCUUACCUUGCCAUGCACCAGAAGGCAGCUGAAGAGGAGAGUCUGUAUGACGAGGGUCUGGAACAGCUGCUGCAGAUGUGGACAGUACUGUGGGACAGCAGGGACAGCUUCCCACCUGCAGCACAGCUCUGCCAAAGCUAUGCACCCGACAUCUUCCAAACAUACCUACAGAGUCACCUGGCAACAGCCGAUGGUACUGCAGACCAGGCGGUGUCCUCAGAUGAUAUGGAGGAAAUCCGAAGCGAAGACGAGGACGACCGCGAGCGUUACUCGGCCCAGCUGUGCUGUGUGGGGCUGCUGGGAAGGAUGGUGCCAUCUCACGCACUCUCACAACUUACACGCCUGCUGUGUGAGAAGAUCUCCCAGCUGCAGGUAGAGUUGAAGGACUCAGCAGGUACACAGGAGCAGAUGACCAGGCUGUACAGACUGUAUGAUGAUCUACACUGGCUACUGCUCAUAGCAGGCCACCUUCUCGCUGACCAAUCAGAAGGCGAGGUUCCAGUCAUUCCUCCAGAACUGAUGGACCAUUCCAUCUCCCAGUCUCAAAUGGGGGUGUCUGAAGUAGGAGCCACUCAGUCUGAAAUGGUGUGCUCCCUACAAUUAGAUAGGAUGUCCCAACCCACUAAUGACAAGUGUGAUGAUAUAGUCCGACUGGUGUGUAAGGUGUUUAUGUUGAGUGAGUUGGAGCGUUACGCCGUGCAGGCCCAGUUGGAGCCUCUCCUGAGCCCAGAGCUGAGCAGGGAUAUCGUCUGGUUCUUCCAGCGCUGGGCAGGACCUUACCUACUCAUGCAGGAGAAACACUACCCACAGGUCAGUCUGCCUUUGACCUGUGCCUUUGGUCAAGGUUCCGACUCGGCCAGUCUGGCCGUUCAGACGCUGGUCAACAAGGUGGUCAGCAACUUCCAGAUGUGGACAUCAGAGGGAGAGGUGACAGAGGACACAGUUCAGCUGUUUCUCACUCUUACUGAGAACAGAGACAGAUGUUUAGAAGUGGUGAAGUGUGAGAAGCUGUGGUUUCUGGCCAUGCAGCAGUUUAGCGAGCCGUUCGUUCUCUUGGCGGCCAACUGUCGGAGACACCUGAUGAAGGCCGUACUCUUCGCGGCGUCCGCCAUGUCGUCUGAGGUCAGCGCACGGUACUGGACACAGACGAUGCAGCCGCUACAUGACCGUUUCCAAGCCAUGGUCCAGAGGAGAGGGUCGGGAGGGCAUGACAGUCUGAGGGAGGCCAGGAACUUGUUAGAACUCCUGUGUGGUGUGGCCGAGGCCUCACGUGUAGACAACACGUCGCUGGUGUUCUCAACUAUCUACCCUCGUCUGAGGGACAGUGUCAGUCUGCUGGACACCUUCCACAACUAUCCUGAGAUUGUUGUGCUCGUCUUAGAUGCCUUCAAGGAAACUAUCACAAGACAACUUUGCUACCUCAGUCAGGAAGACUCGCUGAAGUUGUACGAGGUCACGAUACAGCUGAUCCGUAACUACGCCCGGCACCACGGCCGACACGGCGUCACCAUCGACGCCAGCGCUGAGGAGGACGACUUUAACGACCUGAUGCUGCUACUGGAGAUGUUGACUCAGCUCAUCAACAAGGACUUUGUAGACUUUGGGUCCACAGAUAACGGUGGUGCAGGAGAGCCGACUGUUGCUCCUUCUGAUGUGGUGUUCUGUGGACUAGACUUUGUUGUCCCACUCAUGAAUGCUGAACUACUCAAGUUCCCCAGCCUGUGCCUGCAGUACUUUAAGCUGGUGUCAUUCCUGUGUGAGGUUUACCCAGACAGAAUCCCCCAGCUGCCCCAGCAACUGUUCUCCAACAUCAUGGCUUCACUUCAGCUGGGACUGUCCUCUGACUAUGGUGAGGAUGUACAGAAGCUGUGUCUGGACACGCUGGAGUGCCUGGCCAUCGAGUGUGUGAAGUCUGGGACCACAGUAGGACAGGCUUACCAAGCCUUACAGCAUUUUGUCCAGGUGGUCCUAGACAUGCUGGUGCUACAACCUUUGAACCCUGACCUUUUGGAUGUCCUCGGAGAGACCUUCUAUGCACUUAUAUGCUGUCACCAGGGGCAGUAUGCACAACUUGUCCAUCAGCUUGUGGGAUCACAGACGGAUAUAUCCACGGCUGAGCGCCUGGCAGCGGCGUUUCAACGCCUCACCCCACCCGACGUUCCACUGAACAUGGAGAAAACUCACCGCGGCAGGUUCCAGGCCAGACUGCAGACUUUCGUCAUGGACGUUCGCAGCAUCAUGACCGUCAGAUGACAUCUGUAAACAAACAAACAAAUAAACAAACAAAAGCAGGGCAGAUGUUUCUAUGCUCUGCUGUAUUUUCUCUGAACAUUAAGUGCUGGUAUCCAGCAAGCUUGCCUCCUAUGCUGUUGCUACCAAAGAAUUUCCACAAGCCUUAACCAUGGACACACCAGCAAGUUUAUACCUGAGAGCUUUGGAUGACUCUGCACUUGCCGUGGCACAACUACCUAAGAUACAUCCUGCUUUCCUCCUGAUAUAUUUUUAAUAUGCCACGGGACAAAGAUGUACACAACUUUUUGAGCUGUUUUAUUAUUCCGAGAAGUAAUGUUUUAGCUGUUUGUGUAACUAUAGAAAGAAAGAUUACAGUAUGUCUAUCAAAAGUCUACCAAGGGCACACCAUCCUCCCAAGGCAGGGUUGCUUCCUUACUAGUACAAGGCUAAGUAACGUAUUUGCCGCGGGAUAGCUCUGCCGUGGGAGAAUGGAACACACAGAAAAAAAACGAAGUGGAGCUCCUUGAUACAUUAAAAAUUCCCACUACCAUCAUAUCAUACAUGUACAAUGUACAUGUAUGUCUCUACUCACAGCCCACUUCCCUUGCUGCAGUGCUUGUACCCACUUGAGUGGUAUCUGUACAACUGUACAUGUACAUAUUAAAUGCUAUUCCACAGGACUUUGUAGUCCGAACUGUUGCCAGCUGUAAAUGACUUAAUAUCAUUUUUGCUAGGAAAACUCGGGGGGGGGGGGGUA